AGUGGACGCAAACAAAUGAAUCGUAGCUUCGGGCUGGAGUAAUAUCAGGUGCAUCUCUACACCCUGAGGGCUCAACUCCUACACUUCUUAAGUCCCUCCCCCUGAAACAACCUCCUGCAGUUUCACUUAGAGAUCAAGCAGAGAACAGGUACUUCUCUCUCAGCAGUGACAGCUCCAGCUUACCAACAGCGAGCACCUUGGAGGUUUCCAACAUCUGUGUAGCUGUUCCUGCACUACCAGUUGCAGAAGUAUUGGCUUCCGGCACCCCGUCUUCCCUGAGACACCACAGGAGUUGGCUUCCUCUCUUCACCUGGAAGAAGGAUUCUAGAAACCAGAAAAACUGGAAACAUCAAGAGGCUAGAACUGUGGCGAGCUAACCACAAGAAAGUUUUUCUAAAGAACCAUUACAUUUAAUUGUUUCAAGCAGAGAACAAAAUGAGUCUUCUCAAAGAACGUAAACCAAAGAAGCCUCACUACAUCCCAAGACCACCAGGAAAGCCAUUUAAGUACAAGUGCUUCCAGUGUCCCUUCACUUGCAAUGAGAAAUCUCAUCUUUUUAACCAUAUGAAAUAUGGCCUCUGCAAAAACUCAAUUACUUUAGUAUCAGAGCAGGAUCGUGUUAUCAAGUGUCCGAAGACCAGUUCCUUGGAGCCCAAACAGAUCAAUCAGCUUGAAUCUACAGUCAAACCAACUUCUUCUAAAGCUGUCACAAAUGGACUGGCAAACCUCGAUUCAAAGCCUCAAUAUCCUUUUCCAAAAGAAGAUGCCAAGGAAAAUGUUGAAUUACAAAACCAGGCAACAAACACAGCAAUACAAGGACAAAAACCUGUGAUUCAGAAGGAAUUAACCCCUGCCAGUACUACAGCAGAAAGCGCUAUCAGCAUGCAGCCCCUUUUGGACAGCAUUGGCAGGCCCUCGGCUUUCGUUCCUGUAGGAGAACACAGAGAUAGCAAAGGCCCGGAAACCAGUGAAGUAUCUGAAAUCCUAUCACUCUCUAACAAAAAUUCACCUUUUCACACUAAGUCUGCAUUUCAUACACCAGGUCACCCAUGGAAAGCAGGUUCUCCUUUCCUCCCAGAGUUUCCACAUAAAGUUGCUCCGACAAAAGGCUUUGGUUCCAUUUCACCUUAUAUGCAACCGAUGAUUCCUGAGUACUCACCCCAUUUUUAUGAGCAUAGGCUGGCUAUCUACACACCAUACUUGCUUCCAAGUAAUUCAGAGUGUGAAAGCUCUGCUCUGUCUGUCUAUGGCACACAAGAUCAAAGACACUUUCUUCCACACCCAGGACCACUUCCAAAACCCAUAAAUCCAUCAGCAUAUGAACACUAUCGACUGUUCCAACAAUAUCAUUCCACUCCUCCGAUACCAUAUGGAUUUUGUAGGCCAACAGAUCCUGCAUUUUACAGAUUUUCACAUGUAGCUGGUAUUAACAGAGAUCAAAAUUCUCAUCUAAUGGAAGAAACUACCUUACUAUAUCCAGCUUCUUUAAGCCCAUCCCAACAAUACCCUCUAAAUUCGCAUAAAAAACAAGCAGAUUAUGAAAAAGAAAUGACAUUAUUGCAUGCCAAAAGUAAUUCCAAAGAUGACCAGAACGAAAGAGAGAAUGCCAAAAUGAGCCCUCUUGCAGGAAGUGCGGCCACAGGCUCCCCUGGCAGACCUAGCCCAACCAACUUCACUCAGACAAGCCAUGUAUGCGAAGGCUUGUUUGAUCUCUCUAACAAGUCAUCUUCCACAUCGCUUGGCAAGUACGACCAACCAGAAGAAAACCUCACAGCUUUCCGACCUGUGAGGAAAAGCACUGAUCAACCAACUCCACUCCAAAGUGUGCAGACGCAGCAAGAGAGAGGAGAUUCACCUACCAGCAUUAACGUCACUGAUGAAGAUUCACAUGCACAGAACGAAUGCCAGAACAACGAAGGCUCACUGUCCAACACAGAGGAAGACACAGGGAUAGCUCCUCUUAAUCUUUCCAAAAAGGCUGAUGCAAACACAGGACCUACGCAUGAGCCUACAUACAAAACCACAUCCAAAACAGAAAGUCACAGCUUUCUGGAGUUGCAAGACAUGCCUCUGAACCUCUCAGUAAAAGAUUCCUGUAACACAGUAAGCCUGAAAACAUCAUUCCACAGUCCAUCCCAUGAUAAUGGUGCUGCUACUUCUCCAAGCAAUGAAAAGGAAACCUCCGGAGCAGAAGCAUGUAGCCCCAAGAACCCUACUAACAGUGCCUGUGAUAAACCUUUUGCAGCUCACCGUAAUGAAGCUCAAGACUUAAGAAUAAUUGACAGCUGUGAUGAACAGAAACAAACAGCAGCUGUAGCUCUCUGUCAGCUAGCUGCAUACAGCCCAGGCAAAGUUAGACUGGACAAUGAAGGGCAAAGUCCUCAGGACAGUAAUGCUUCUUGUACAGAAGCUCCUCUCAAUUCUUCUGAUACUCAGGAUACUCAGUGCAAUCAAAAAGUAAAAGGACAAAAAAGGACAAACCAAAAAGAAUCAGCAAAAUCACAGCAAGGCACUAAAAGAGUAAGGCCAAAUGACUGUAGCAGAGUCUUCACUUUAAGGAAGAGAACAAGAGUAUCUUAAUACUUCACUUUCCAAUGAGUCAUAGGAGCUAGUUACCAGCAACACCACUUAAUUUCUACAAACCACCUCUUACUGGGUUUGGUUCCAUGACAAAAUACAUUCAAUCCCUCCCAUGUAAAUAAUGUUCAUAAUUUUAUAUUAAUAUUUUUAAGUAACAACCUUCCCUUGUAUAAGCUCAGAUUUUGAUGAGUGAAUUUUUGCAUUCAUUACU